GCUGUUGCUUACCUCCCAAGAAAAAACAGUACGUAUAGGCUAGCAACAGACACAAUCCCAACCCUCGAUUCCCACCACAAAAAUCGUGUGGUUGAGAAAGCUUCACGUGACACGUGCCAGAGAUAUUCGGUGUCCGCGUCACCACCACAAGGCUAUAAAUACGAGCCAUCUCCAAAUCCCAAAUUCUUCCUCCACUUUGCUUGCGGGAUUUUUUAUAGUCUCACAAAAAUCAACAGUAACUGGAUAAAGUUUUGUUUGGAGAAAAAUCGCAUUUUCGAGGAGAUUAUUGGGCAGAGAGAUUCAAGUAUGGCUUUGCUAUAUCAAACUUCAUUACUGACUUGUGAACCGAGAAAGAAAAAAUCAAGAAUCCGGAAGACCGGUGACCAGAGCGUGGCUACUAUUCUCGAAAAGUGGAAAAAUUACAACACGAAGCUCGACUCUGUUAACCAGGUAAUCAAACCCGUCAAACGAGCACCCGCUAAGGGAUCCAGAAAGGGCUGCAUGAAAGGUAAAGGUGGGCCCGAGAACUCGCUCUGCAAGUACAGAGGCGUUCGGCAGCGAACAUGGGGAAAAUGGGUGGCUGAGAUCAGAGAGCCACACAGAGGAAACAGGUUAUGGCUUGGCACGUAUUCCAGUGCACCCGAAGCUGCUUAUGCUUACGAUGAGGCAGCCCGAGCUAUGUACGGCUCGUUUGCCCGUCUAAAUUUCCCUUCGAGUGAGGAUAUUAAGGAUUUUUCAUCAGCAGUUGCUACAACGUCCGCAAACUCUGGCUGUUCGGAGGUUUGUCAUGAUAUGGUUGUCUUGAAGGAACAACACAUUCACAAGCUUAAAACCGAUGAUAAUGAAGGUUUGUCGAAGGCUUCUCGUGAGCCAAGUGUUCCAUUAGCAGUCGUGAAAAAGGAAUUAACAGAUGCGAAAGAAGAUGAAGUAAUCAAGAGAGAAGGCGAGAUGAUAGUCUUAGACAAGGUUAUAGAGGAUGAUGAACAUUGUUUAUUAGGAAAUCGUGAGACGUUGGGAAACGAAUUUGAGAGGUUCGAAAAGGAAGAGAUGUUUGAUGUAGAUGAGCUGCUUGCCGAGUUGAAUAACUAUUCUCAAGACGGUGACCAAAUGGUGCGGGUUACAAAAGGAAAUCAUAUGCUGCCUAUCCCACACGAGGGGUCUUAUGGUAAUUUGCGUCAUGAGAAGGCACUUUCGGUUUACGAUUAUGAUUUGGAUUUCUUAAAGCCGGGGAGGGAGGAAGAUUGUAAUUUCUGGUUGAGUGAUUUUGAUUUGGAUUUGGGCUCGGAAUUGGCCAUGUGAGGCGUUAUUUUUUUUUUGGUAAGCCGAUGGUCACGCACAGGGGAAAACAUGGAGAUAGUAGGAUUGUUAGGAGCAAAAAGGGAAGUACAGUAAAGGAACGCUUGUUACUUGUUCUUGUUCUGUAUUGUGUUGGGUCUCUCUGUAAGGUUAACUUAACUGUUCUUGCUUUCUACACUUGAGAGUUGCGGGGUUUUGGUUUUCUUGGUGAUUCUUGGGAGGAACAUAUUAUUGAGUGGCCUUCUUGUGUUUUUGGGGUUGAAGUCCAAAUAUGUGGUAGUGUGAGGCACCAUUGUCAACUGAGAAUGGCAGUUGCAGACAAUCACUCACCCAUAAUGCUUCUCAAUGUUAACUGUAAAACAAACUCUGUUGGGAAAAUGUUUUCUGGUGCAGUGGUGGUAUCGGACGCAAGAGAAAAAAAAAAAUAUAUUUAAUUUUUCAGUAAAUAUAUAUACAUUAUUCAUUCAUUUCACUUUUCCACUAUUUUGUUCUUUUCAAUUUAUGAAAUAUAAUUUUUAAGGGGG